UGGUGAAAGUUGGCAGUAGUGACUAAUGUUAUAUUUGCGCGGGAGAUCACGUGACGGAGACGCGGGAAGUCCACAUGCAGUCUGAGGCUCUGAGGCUGGAGUGUAUCAGAGCAGGGUUAUGCAGUGGGAUGGUUCAGUACAGAAGCUGCAGCUGAUGUCUGUCUGGCAGCAGAAGGUCUCGAGACUCACGGGAGCCGCAGCUCGCGACCUCACACCACCUAACCACCCCGUAACACCACGUAACCACCCGUAAACCGGAGCUGUUUACGGUGCAGUCCGCUGGGGCUCCGGAGCAGCGGGGUAAUCAGUGGCCGGUUCUCCCGUUAUUGGAGUCGGUAGGACAGCGGUCUGGUUCCGGACGGGCUGUUUCGGGUCAUCGGACAUGAAGAACCCUCACGUGAUCCCGGAUCAGUACAGUCCAACAGAGGGACACAAGAAGUUCAAACGGAAAGUCCGGGGCUCGGUUAGUAAGCGCGAGACCGAGGAGAGGGACAGACCCGACUCCCCGACUCUGCCCGACCCGACGGGGCGACUGCUCGAGGAGGUCUACGGGAAUCUCUGCGGGAGAACGUUACCGGACUUUGCUCUCGCUCCGCCGCGCGCUCAGCACCUUCUCCCGCCCGGGUUUAUAACCGGAGCCCCGGAUCAGAUCCGGAUCGCUAACGGAACCGUGUCAACGGUAACGGGGACUGUAACGGAAUCAAAACACAGCACCGACCAGCCGUCUCCACCGGAUACCGUGUAUCAGAGCGAGCGCGUGCUGUGUAAAGAUGUUGUAUAUAAACGUUCUGAGAGAUGUCUGUCCGCGGGCUCGCGCGCUGACUCUCUGGACUCUCCGCGGAAACGGCUGGGGGAACCGUCCGGCGCCGUUACAGAGAUCAAAGCCAUCCAGCAGACCCGCAGACUACUGGCUAAUGCACGGGAGAGGACCCGCGUGCACACCAUCAGUGCAGCUUUCGAGGCUCUGAGGAAACAGGUGCCCUGCUACUCCUAUGGGCAGAAGCUCUCUAAGCUGGCUAUAUUAAGAAUAGCCUGCAACUAUAUCCUGUCCCUGGCUCAGCUUGCAGACCUGGACUACACACCCGACCACAGCAACAUGAGCUUCAGAGAGUGCGUGGAGCAGUGCACCAGAACCCUGCAGGCCGAGGGCCGGUCCAAGAAAAGAAAGGAAUAAUGUAAAGAGUUACUGCAGGAAGAAGGUUUAACUUCAGCCGGAUCAGGACGAGCUGUAUUUUCUACACAUGCUGGAAAUGAAGCAAUAAGAAGAUGUGGAUCUCAGCUUUUAUAUGACUUUUAAAACAGAUCAGUAUAAGGUUACAGAUGCAUGAUUUAAAGUUUACUAAAAUAAUGACAGUAACCUUUUUUUUUGACUCAGAUUUAUCUAGAACACAUUCAACACAGAGUAACACAUCAUACCUUUAUAACUGUGUAAUUAUAAGAAGAUUAUUAUGAAGAUUGUUAUGAAGCUGCCAGUGUUACACAUCGUUGGAAUAUUUUAACUGCUCAGUAUUUUGCCGUAUUUUAGAAUUUAAUUCAAGAGACGCAUCAAGUUUUAUAUCAAACUUUAUAUCAAAUCAGCAGCUGUACUGUUAAGGCAAUAACUAUAUGAAGGGACUAUAUGUUAAAAAAAUAUGUCUGUAAUUCUGAAUCAGUCAAACUGACAAUCACAACUUCAAUUAAUGAAUUAAAAUGAAUUAAUCAUUACAGUUCCAGUGAGGUGGAGUACAGACGUACAUCUGUAAAACCUUAUAAACGUGACAGUACAAGUUUGGACAGAGAAAUAACAUGUCUAGAAUAUAACUUAUGCUUAUUUGUUUGUGCAAGUUUAAAAAAAAUCUGUAACAUUACAAAUGUGGAUUAUUUUGUAUAAAGUUUUCAAAAUAAAAGUUCCUUUAAUCAUGAGAA